GUAUAGAACAGGUGAUUCGACUGAUGAUCUCGUGAUUCACUGAACCUCAUGGUUCUAACAAGUUGCAAUCGUCAUUAAUCAAGAUUGCGUGUGUCGAUGAGGACUGACUCGAACAAAACCGAAACAAUGACGAACGACAGAUAAAGCAAUUACGACAGGUGCUCCACGUACCUACCUAUUCUUUUAAUAUUGGUGAAGGAUGGCGAUUCCACCACUGGUUAGUUCUACACCUCCUCCAUUGGAUAAUUUUGGAGAUUCUGAGGAAGAUGAGUUCGGGGACUUUACAACUGGAGGCAUAGAUGGACUGUCCAUAUCAUCAGAAUCACCGCAUAAGCUUAUGACACCUAUCCAGACACCUUUAACAUCCCAAAAUACUUCACCAAAAGUAAAUGGCAUUCCAGAAACAUCCAACAAGAUUUCUCAACCUACUGUCUUAAAAUCAACCAUUUCAGAGGACCUUUUAAUUCUUGAAAAGACAGAGAAUAGUAUAAGCAACAUUAAGCUGAAAACAGAGGAAAACCCCAGUGAAACGAGUGAUUAUAAAAAGAAUUUGGAAAACGUAAACAACAGUGACACUGAAAAUAGCAUAGACAAAGGAGUUCCAAAAAUUGAUAUAGCAAGUGAAAGUAGUAGUUUUGGGGAGAGUGAACAGGAAGCUUCUCCUAAUAAUUUGGAGGACAUAGAACCAUUGAGUCUGGAUUUGGGAGAUCCAACCAUUGCUCCAGAUGUGAUACAACCUUUGGAUGAUGAUUUCUAUGAUUAUGAACAAUUCGAAGACUCUCAGAAUUGGAUAUCCAACACCAAUGUACCUACUACAGACAUUCCAAAAACCAAUUACUUAAAAUUCCAAGAAACAGAAGAUGUAUCAAAUAAUUUGAACGCGGUAACCAAAAAUUUCGAUUUAGACGAUAAACAAGAUGUAAGUUUAGAUGUCAAAAGUGAAAAGUCAAUAGAAGAAACCCGAUGUGUAGAAAACCCAAAUGUACCUAAUGAAAAGGAUGUCUUUGAGUUUGAGAACAAUGAUUCUAAAUCCGUGAACGUUAAAUACUCGGAAGACUCUGAGCGUAUUGAAGAGAAUUGUUUAAAUAUAAAUGAAUUGAAGAAUACCGAAGAUGAAGUUGUUGGGAGUUUCUAUGAGUUCUCUGAAAACAAAAGCUUCCAUGAAGACAAUUUUUUAGCCUCUGCACCACUGCCAGAUAACUUCAGUUGUUCGAGCGAGGAGUUUGGCGACUUCAAAUGUGAUUCAGAGCUUGAGGUUUCUGCCAAACCCUUUCAAUCAGAGUUUCACGAUAGUUUAGCACAGGCUAGUGAAAAGAGGGAUGGAACGAUAGUCGAAGAUGACGAUUUUGGAGAUUUUACUAAUUUCUCCAAUCAAGCACAGGCUGAAAAAGUUGAUCUAAUAAGUGUACCUGAUAAAGACCAGGAUGAUGAUUUUGGCGACUUCAACGACUUUGAAACAGCUCUUGAGCAGCCUGUGGUGGAACAUCCACCAUUCAGCUUGAAGGAAUCAAUUUCUCGGAUAGAAAAUAAAAAUGCUGUUAACAAAAUAGAAGAUAUAAUAACGACAUUGUUUCCAACGAAUUUGGAGCAAUGCGAAAUUCAAGUACAGUCACUGAUAACCCAAACAGAUUACAUAUGGCAGAGCGUCAAGAGCGUAGAGGAAACGAACGCUUUGACAUACCAAUGGGCAAACAGCACUAGUAACAACAUGUUGUUAAACUCUCUUGGCAUUGACUCUCGCAAUAUAUUGUUUGGACCAAGGUGGAACCCGAACAUUCCCAGAUUUGCAGCAAACCUUGGUUUUACUCCAUUGGAACCAAUUAAAGCCCCAACUGAUAUUCAACCAGUUGCCACAAUAAGUACCAGUAAAACUCAAGGUUCAAUCCACUCCGAAGAAGUACCUGCUGCUCAAUUCGAUUGGAAUAGUUCUGGGCUUGUUAAUCCUUUAGAAGCUAGUGGUGGGUUAUCCGCUCUUCUACCUUUGGACUUUCUAUGUCCUUUCGAUCCUCUACUAACAUCCCACAGUUCCGCCAACUCUGAAUCCUAUCGUCGACCAAGUAGCGCCAGGAAUCUUGUAAAUCACCAUAUCUCGGAUAUAAAUGGUCGGGAGCGAAGCAACUCAGUUUCAAAGGCAGAGACAUCCGACUCUUUGGAGAACGAUGUUAUGAAGAUGCAAAAACGUUUGCAGCCUUCAAAGAUGAUAGAACCUUUGCCAACGCCUCGUGCGGCGGACUGGAAGAGGAAGACGGAUCUUGACUUGGGCCACAAACUGAGGAACCCUGGGCCUCCAAGAAGUGCUCCAACAGAGAAACAAUUUCUACAAAUGGAGAAGCACAUAACAACUGACAGACAAUACUUGGGACCUGAAAAAUCGAAUUUAGGUGAUAUUUAUCGCGGGAAGUCGGUGAAUAAGAGAUCAUCUGGAUGUGAACACGUGGUGAUGGACAGAUUUGGUCGAGUUAUGCCAAUACAACCUGAGACCGCUCGAGUUCUGAACAGAUUGCCCGAUCUUUCCUUUCUGAGUGCCAGGACUCUGAUGCUUGAUCGUGAACAAAAACAGAUCACUUGCGAGCUGGGUGUGACGAGUCGCAAGAUGCCUGGCUGAGUAACGUCGGUCUGAGCGCGAGUUUGAAAGGUCAGGACAUUGGAUAGAUCUCUGCCCUGUGGAUGCAUCGACGUGGCGUAGAAACGAAGGAGAAAAGACGUUCUGUUAACCUUUCAAACCCGCGCUUGGACCGACUUUCGAUAUCAGCUUGUUCCCCUUUGAAAUCAUCCGACUGCUAAGAUAUUCUGUAGGUACUCUUUAACCGUUGAACAGGUUUCUAUGGAGUGUAUAAAAUGUCUGUUCCCCUUUUUGAAAAAUUAAAAUGACCGGGAUGGUAAUGUUUGAGAAAUACUGUUCUCCGUUAUAGAUUCCAUACUUUCUGUGCACGAGACAUGUAAAAUAGAAAACUGUUACUUUGUUCACGAAAUAGAGUCAUGAUAGUUGAUCAUUUCAGGUUAUGAUAUUGAGAAUUAAUUUCUCAAGUGGGGAUAUAUAUAUAUAUAUAUAUGAUUUGUUUUUAAAGGUGUCGGUACUGUUGUUAACGUAAACAUCACUUAGAACGUGUGAUAUGAAUGUUUUGUAACUGGUAAUUGUUGUGUUUGGUUAGGUUUGAUAGCAUACUUCUCUUUGUUUUUACAGUUCUGGUACUGUUGCGUAGGUGAUUGUUAUUUGGAAUAAGACAUGGACCAAUCUAGUUUACAUAGCUGUUGACAGCUGUUUAGUAUAAUAAUGUGAUUUUGUCAUGUUUUAACAUAUAUCUGUCUGUGAAAAGCACGUGUUUAGAUUUUCGUGCAUAUUGACUCUGUUCCGUGAGCAAGACACAGAGGUGUGCAAGGUAGUGGCACUGUUAUAUUUAAAGGUAAAUGUCAUAAAUACAGUUGACGUUUAGAAGUGAUUUAAAAGAAUGAUGGUACGAUGAAACUGUGAAUAAAUAUGAGAGUAUUCGAGUAUUAAACUGAGUGAGAAACUUAAUAGAAAAUGCUGAUGUAUUCAAUGUUUGAUAAUUAUCUUUUUUUCUAGUAGACGGAGUGUCUUUAUUAUAAUGCAAUGAUUCUGAAAUUCGCUCAAGUAUUUUGUUAUUAACACUGAAAGGACUUGAGACGAAGGUUCUACUUAAAUUGAGGCAACUGUAGAAAAAGAGAACGUAUAAGUGAUAUAUCUUUCAUGAUGAUUCUAACGUACUGUUAUUUGUAAUAUAAUGUAAAAGUAUUUAUAUUUUAAGUUUUAUUAAUUCUUAACGGUAUUGUUGAAGUGUCGUUUUAACACUUUAAGCGUUUGUUUUAUAGAUCACUAAGCAGACUGCUCAUUCUUAAUUUUUCUUCUAUGUUUACACACGUUAAAAUAAAAAUUGAUUUACCACGUAUAAA